UCGCCCAUCAUGAAAAACACGCGACGAAACGCAUAUAAUGCCGCUUUCAAGUUAAAGGCCAUUGAUUUGGCUAUCAGAGUAGGAAACAGGGCUGCUUCGCGUAAGCUUAGCAUAAAUGAAUGUAUGGUGAGACGUUGGAGACAUCAACAUGAAAAGCUGACGCAAAGCAAAAAGACAGUAAAAGCUUUCAGAGGUAAGAAAAGCAGAUGGCCUGAACUAGAAAACGUGCUUGCAGACUGGGUAAAUACACAGAGAGCAGACGGCCGAGGUGUUUCCAGUGUGCAGAUCCAAUUAAAAGCCAAAGCAAUCGCCACCGAAAGGAAGAUUGAAGAUUUUAUAGGUGGACCAUCGUGGUGUCUCAGAUUUAUGAGACGAAAAGGACUGUCCAUCAGGGCACGCACGACUUUGUGUCAACAACUCCCUUCCGACUACGAGGAAACAGUUACAAACACUCAAACAGAGAUAGCCGAGAAUUCCAUGGGACCGGAUGACAUCGUAAAUAUGGAUGAGGCACCUUCGACGUCUGACCUGCCUCUCACUAGGCCUGUUAACAAGAAAGCAGACAUGAUGCCGCGGAAGGGAAAGCGUUCCGAGUCCGCGAGACGCCAAUGGAGGAUACGAGCUAUUGCAAAGACGAACCAGACCAGUGCACCCCGGCAGCAUCAGCAACACCUAUCCAGAGUGUUUGAUGAGGUGAUGGGGCUGGGAGACUUUGCUGACUCCUCCCGAGGCUCCAACACCUCCUCUAGGAGUGGGGGUCAAGAGGAGACAAAGGCAGUGGAUGAAGUUCCGGGACCGGAGGAACAACAGCCAGAACAGGACAGCAGCAACAGUAGCAGCAGGCAAGAUGCAAAGAUGAAUGACCAACACUCCUCAUUUACCAUGCAACCCAGUGAAGGAGGAGGAAGUGGAGAGGCAGCAUUUGAUGACGCUUUGGAUGGCCUUGCUUCAUUUGGUCCAGAAGAAGAAGAAGAAGAAGAUGACGAGGAGGACUGGCACUUUUCCUUGCCAGCUGGGACACUGGAGGAUGUCGACAAUGACAAAGCAAAGUGCAAAAACAAUCAAGAGAGAGAAGAAAACAACCAAAUUCAAGAAAAUCCUUCUCCUCCAGAGCCCAGAGUAGAGGAGCGAGAGACGGAAGCGACUAGUAGCUCUGCAAACACUUCCCACUCGUCAAAGGAUAAUACACCUGAAAGCAGCCGAGAUGCAGGAGUCCUGAAUCGGACUGAAGAAACCGAAGACAGUCAGCAAGGAGAGUCAGAGCCUCCUCCCAUGGAGGACAGCAACCCUCCGGUGUCUCCCAAUAUCACAGUGAAAGAUGAGCCCAUUGAUGAGGGAUACAAUGCUGCUUUGCUGCCCCAGAGCUCCAUCAGACAGGUCAAAGAGGAACUGGAGCAUCAGGAGGAAGAGCUUAGGAUCAGUUCAGUUUACUCUGUUGGUGGAGGGAACACACUUGUGCCCCCUGUGGUGACUGCACCACCUCCGCCACAAACAACCAUUUUUAUUCCGGGUAGAAGUGCUGUUCUCCAAGCAGUGGCUCCCCUUCCUGUCAGACCUCCAGUUCCAGUUUCGACUUCUCUUUCAGUUUUGUCGCCACUUGCACCUCGGCCACCUGCACCAACCAUUGCUGGUAGUGUACGCUGCAGUGGAUGCUUUAAGGUUCUGCUAAAAGGUCAAACAGCAUUCCAAAGAAAAGGCUCGACGCAACUUUUCUGCUCCACGGUUUGUCUCACUGGCCAUCUGCCUCCAGCCAACAAGAAUCAAUUCUGUUCUCUGUGCAACAGCGAGAUCCUUCGAGCUCGGGACACAAUUACAAUUCCAGCCGACGACAACACCUACUUGCACUUUUGCAGCCAGCACUGUUUGUCCAUUUUUAGACACAGGGCAAAAAAAAAUGAAAAGGUCCCUGAAAAAUUGGUUGAUAAACAACCAGAAAAGAUGCCUGAGAAGCCACCAGAGAAGCCUGCUGAGCGACAGUCUGAAAAUCUUGUUUGCAGUGUGUGCAGAGUCACCAACAAGAUUCAACAUGAGGUCAGCCAUCAAGGUCGUCUGCACACCCUCUGCAGUGAUGCUUGUUUUGUAACAUGGCGCAAGAUGCGACAGUUAGCCAUGAACUGUUGUGAAGGCUGUGGACUUUACUGUAGUAGCAGUUCGGCCUCCUGUCAUACACUUACAAUUGAUAAAUCUGACCUCAACUUCUGCGGUCCCACCUGUGUUGGCACUUACAAACAGUCUUGCAGAAAGACGAUUGAGUGUGCCAACUGCCACAAGUCUGCAAUAGUGUCCACGAGCAUCAUGGAGCGAGACGAAAAGGGAAAAGUUCAGCUUUACUGCUCACCCGUUUGUGUGCAAAUGAGCCGACCACCGCUACACACGUUGACCGGGGCUGCAUUCCCAUGCUGUCUGUGCAAGUCUGUUGCUGUUCCUCAGUAUCAUCUGGCAAUGGUGGAUGGCACUAUAAGGAACUUCUGCUCCUACGAAUGUGUUUCGACUUUCAGGAAAUCGGGACAUACACAGUCGGAUCUGAGCAAUGGAAAAUCCUCCCCCAGGGAUGCAUCAAGACUAGGGCCAUCCUCUAGAGGAAGCUCAGUCCCUCCCAUUCCUCAGGACUACCCAUCUUCAGCCCCCUACCCCAGCCACCAUGGCAGUAACAGCUCAGUGCCGCCUUUGGUUCCGCCACCACUGGCCAUGACCUCUACAUCUGUACCUGGGCAAGCCCAUCCCAGGACACCCCCCUCUCAGCCUCUAAAAGCAGGUGAGGGUGGACACAGCGACACGCCUAAAGUGACCUGCCAUCAGUGCACCAAACAGUUCAACACCAAACCGCUGCUCUUUGGCCACAAAGAUCACAUUUCUGUGUUUUGCUCUAUGGCAUGCUGUGACCUCUAUAAAAUACAAAAAAAUAUUCUGACUGUGUGUGAGUUCUGUAAAAAAGAGCAGAUGCCCUUUGACACAAUUCACUACAAUGGGAAAGACAUUUUCUUCUGCAGUAAAAACUGUAAACAAAACUUCAAAGUUACCCUGACGUCUCGUAACAAGGAUCCUCCCUGCCGUCCCUGCAGCUAUUGCUAUAGCAUUAGCCAAAAGAUGCUGCACAGUCACUAUGGAGGCAAGCUGGAAGAGUUCUGCAAACCCCAUUGCAUGUCCCAGUACACUGUACUCUACUAUGGGAUGGGCCGAUGUGACAAUUGUAGGAAACAGGGCUAUUUAAAUGAGAAGCUGCAGUAUAUGGGCUCAGUACGGAACUUCUGCAACCUGACCUGUGUGCUCGGGUACUGCUGCCUGCAUUUUGAAUUGAACCAGCACACUCCCAGUAAUGGCACUGGAGGAGAGCCACAAACACCACAUGCUCCGGCUCAGCCUCACUACUCCUCAAAAACAAACCCUGUCAUAGCUGAUGUCGUGUCACUCGCAAAUGGCUCUGCCAGUCAACCCAGCGUGUCAUCAGAUACUGCUAUGACCGGAGGACUUCCAAACUCCAGUGCAGAUGGCAAGAUUCUUGAUCAUGCCAGUACUCAGACAGAAGCUGUGCGUCCGCUCCCAAACUACCGACGUCAAAUGAAGAAUAAAUCCGUUCUUUGUCGGCCAUUCACAAUGGAUCAAGAGAGCUUAUGUCUCCUCCUCCAUCCCUCCACGGAUUCUGCAGAUGAUGUCCCCAGUACAGAAAAAGCUGCUAAAAAGAUGAAGACAGACCACGAAACAGCUCCAUCACCACCCUCAGCAAGCUCCUCCACAGAAGAAAAAGUGAAGGUCUUAAUGGUGCCAGUUCCAGUGCCGGUCUUUAUCCCAGUGCCUAUGAACAUGUACUCCCAACACACACCUGUUCCUAUGGCUAUGCCUAUAACUGUUCCAGUUCCCAUUGUUGUACCACCAUGGCACAAAGAUAUGACAGAUGCAGCCAUCCAAUGUGAUCCUUGGGCCGAGGAGACUGAAAAACAGAACAAUUCUGAGGUCUCAGUGGAGCAGGGGGUUACAAUGUCCAUUGUCGUACCUUCACAGAGUAAAGAUGUGGCAGAUGUAGCCAUCCAGUCCGAUCCUUUGGAAAUGGACACUGUUAAAGUUGCGACGUUAUCACCGAUAAAAGAUGUAAAAGAUGCUGCUGUCCAAUCAGAUCCUUUGGAUGACAAUAGGGAAAGACAGAAUGAUUUGGAUGACUCCAAAGAACUGAAGGUCACAACCCAGAUCCCUGUGCCCAUUGCUGUGCCACUACAUAGUAAAGAUGUAAAAGAUGCAGCUCUCCAAUCAGAUCCCAUGCAUGUGCAGAUGGAAAAGCAUAAUGAUUUAGAUGACUCCAGAGAACACGAUCAUGUGACAUCCCAGGUUCCCGUGCCCGUUUUUGUUCCACCAUCAUCCAAAGACAUGAAAGAUGCCGCUGUCCAUUCAGAUGCUACGGAACUUUCUGGAAAGCAGAAAGAGUUAGAUGACCCCAUGGAAGACCAGUGUGGAAGUGCAUCAGAGGUGAUUACUCCGCCAAUCCACCAAGAUGAAGACAGCCAAAACACAGCACAAAGCCAGCUCUCGCCUUUAACGGGGUACACCGAGGCGAGUAGUUCCCCUCCCAAAAGCCAGUCAAAGGCUAACCCCACAACAAGUGCUGCAGACACCGUUGCUGCUGAACGACCGCCUCCUUCCUCUCCAAUGACCGAUUUGGAGUAUGAUUUCCCAAUGGAAUUGUUUGAUCAGAAGUCCAAGGCUCCCCAGCGGGGCGUGAAAAGAGCCAGAGAAGGUUCCACCGGUCGAAAGCGGGGUCGAAGGCGAACUAUCUCAUUAGACCGCAGUGCACUGGUGACUCCAGCCCCUUUUAAAUUGAACCACAUGUAUGGUGUCAAAGCCUGGAGGAGCUGGGUUCAGGAACACAACAAGCAAUCGAAAAAAUCCAAUCCAGUGGUUGUUAAAGAGGAGAUUCUUCAGUGUGACUCUGCUGAGCUGAGCUAUGCUCUGUCCUGUUUCAUCAAAGAAGUGCGUAGGCCAAACGGAGAGGCCUAUAGCCCAGACAGCAUAUUCUACCUCUGCCUGGGGAUACAGCAGUAUCUGUUCAUGAAGGGCCGCAUCGAGAACAUCUUCACCGACGAGCUGUACACUCAGUUUGCCACUGAAAUCUCUGGAAUGCUACGACUCUGGAAACCCAAGCAGCUUCCCACCGGUGGUCUUGUGUCGUCCCGUGUUGAGGAGUCCUUCUUGUGGGAGUGUAAGCAGCUGGGUGCCUACUCCCCCAUUGUGCUGCUCAACACACUGCUCUUCUUCUACACCAAGAACUUUCACUUCACCACUUUGGCACAGCACCAAAGCCUCUCUUUUGCCAACUUUAGUUUGUACUCAAAACCCUGCAGUCGAGCCGGCAAAGUCCUCUACCUCAGAUACUACAAAAGCUCUGCUGCUACUUCCAGCCGUGGAGAGACAGAGCGACAAAGAAAAAGGCAGGAACAGGAAGACGUUAACAUGGAGAUGCCAGAAAAUGUUGCCAAUCCUCUGCACUGUCCUGUCAGACUCUAUGAGUUCUAUCUCUCAAGAUGCCCAGCCACAGCAUUGAAGAAGACUGACAUGUUUUACCUCCAACCUGAACGCAACGUGCAUACACACAGUCCCCACUGGUAUACUUCUCAUCCAUUGCAUCACACCAUCCUGCAGAGCAUGCUCACUCGCAUCUUGGCGGUCAAAGAGGUUCAACGGUAACAGGAUCAGGAUCGAUUCGAUUCCCAGUUUACAGUGACGAGCCUUUGUCAUAACAGGAGAGUAGUGGUCACAUCAACAUGUAGACUAGCUCUUGGCUUGAUGUGGAGAAGCAGAACGGCCACGCGGAGGUAGGACAUAGACAUUUUGUUGCAGAGAGGACAAUUUGAGGAAGUCUUCGUUGGCUUACCCGAGUGGGCGCCUCCCUCUCCCAAAAACACAUCAUGAGUAUACAUGCAUCUGGUACUAUUUGAUAUGAAAAUGGAGUGUUACAGACGAUCUUAUUUUGUAUUUCCCAUCGACGUCACACCAAUUAGUCAUGAAGCUGUGCAGUGCAAGCAGAAAAUCCAUUUUCCAUGCAUCAAACUGUGCUAUCCUGCUGUUGUGGUCCUUGAAUGCAUCAGCAGUAUGCGUUGCAGGUCAGUUCUUUUGCUUUUGGACUUUUGAAGCUACCACCUGAAGAUGGCCCAAAAACGAAAUGAGCUAUUUGAAGCAUAGUGUGGACGACUGAAUCAACAUGGAACAUUAGGAAUAGUGCUUUUUCAUAUUGUCAACCAAACCGGGUUGUAAAGGGAUAGUGUGGAUUUUUUGACAUGAAGUUGUAUGACUUAAGCAGUGUAGUGCAUCAACAGUGACCCCCUACUUUGUCCCAUGAGCCGAGUUCUGGUCGGAUUUCAGUGAUGAGGAACGUAGUUCUGGCUAGUUGGUGGGGCCACUUCAGUAAAGAGUUUGGCUUCUCAAAACAAUAUGCUUUCGAAAGAGUCAGACCUCACAAUCGCUCGGCGUUACUUUCUCUCCUGUCGUAUCACUGCGCGCUGUCGCCUGUCCAUUGUUGUUUGUGUUCCACAGUGUUUACAUGCACGGAUGAAGACUGCUUUUGCGUUGCAGCAGUCUUCAUCCGUUGUGGAACACAUACACAACACCGCGCGCAGUGAUACGACGGGCCAAGCGAUUGCGAGGUCUGAUUUUUUUUGUAGGAGGCAUUUUUGUGAUUCAAAUGUAUUACCCUUUUGAACACACUGUUUGGAGAAGUCGUUCCUCAUCACCGAAAUCUGACCAGAAGUUGGCUCACAGGACAAAGUGGGACACUGCUGUUAGACACUGAGUCAUAUAGCUUUCUGUCAAAAAAAAUCAAACUUAUCCCUUUAUGACCAAAACCCAAUUAGUCGACUGGGUCAACUCUGUAGUUGUUCAGCUCCUAGCUUUUUUAUUCCUGUACGAUGUUUUUAAUAUGUUUGUUUCAAGAACAAAUACUUAAAUGGUUAUAGCAAGUACUUUUAAGAUCAUGUUCUCAUACUAGAUCCGGUUUUCUACUUAUUUAAUGAGCAUUUUUAGUUUUAGUACGCACAUUGACUCUUUUGACAACAUUGGAUCACUAAAUCGCGGACAAUUCAUACAUGUGUGGCGUGAAUCUGUCGUUUGGGAAUUAUUGCUGUGUAUGGGUCCCAUAAUACGGUUUGUUGACAAUAAGAAAAGAAAGGUGCUGUCAUGUCAGCAGUAGCGUGUUCGGUCCGUGUGUUGUACAAGGGGGUGUGAUGAUGGAGGAAACUUGCAGUGCCUCUCAUCUUUUUAUGAAUGCACUAUUUGACCUGUUACCAUUUCUCCCUUGACCCUCAUGUGGCCUUAUUUUCUCUCCAAUGAUCCCAUCAGUUCCACACCAAGUCUAUUCAAGCCCUAUUUUCUGUACCCUGUAUAUAUACACACACACACACACACACACAUCUAUCCCUGUAUUCAUGUGGUGCUAUUAUUUUUUCCCCCUUUUCCUCUUCCAUGUGUGUUUGCACUCUUAUUAAAAAAAUUGCAAGAGUUUUUGAGUAUUUUAAGUAAUGGUCUAUGUGGUUUGAAAUUAUUUAAAAAAAAAAAAAAAAAAAAACAGGCAACCAUUUUUUUGGUCUGUCCAUAAAGUAUGUACCAUUUUUGUGUUUUUUACUUAUUCCUAUUCUGAACUAGAAGACAAUAAAUAUUGGGGAAAAAAAUUAUGUCCAAACAUGUAGUGGGUAUAAAAAGCCACCAUGCCCUUGUUACGAGUGUAAUAAAUUGACAGAAGGAAAAAUUGUAUUUUUUGUGGAAAAAUGGUUGGAAACUUUCAGAAGAAAGAGUGAAACACCUUUCUUGUCCUGGAAUUUUAAACAAACUGCAGUUUUUGUGCCCAUUUGGCGUAUUGAAUUAUAUAAAUUCUAUAAAACAUGUUUCUUCCAUCACCAUGUUUUUUUUUAAAGAGGCUUUUCUGAGCAUGACUUAUUGUAAAAUACAAAAAUCCUACUAGAUUAAUUUGCUCAUUAGUCGUUAUGUAUCUGUAUGUGAACUGAAAACUGCAAUUUUUUAUGUUUUCUAUCCAAUUAAUUUUUUUACAUGAAGACUUAAACCUAUAGUGUGGACUUGGAUGAGGGUUAACAACCAGGAUGCAAGAAUGCUAAGACAUGUUUUCUACCGUGAUGUUUUGUAAUAAAAAGUCCGACACCAUGUGGGGGAA